ACAGUCAGACCUGGGAGAGCGAAGCGCCUGGGUCGCAUCUCCCCGUCGUCUCUCUGUUUCAUUCCUCUGCACUCUCUCCAUCCACCUCCUCUGAUUGUCAUAGAAAAACUCCCGAACUCGUCAGCAGAGGCAGGACACAGGAGCGGGGGGUAGACCGGUGGGGGGAAUAAAUUCUUUGUGAACCCUCGAAAGAACUGAGGAGGCUUUGUUCUUCUCAGGCUUUUGAUGGUUGACUGGUUCUGCUGCUUCUCCUCUACAUGGAAAGACUUGAAAUGGAAGAGUCGAUGUGAGAGCAACAACACAGAGGAAAAGCCGUUGCCAUUUGAUUAGUCUUCACACAACAACGUGAUGCACUGAAGAAAGGACUUGAAGACUUCAUUCAUCUCCCAGCAAGAACUUCAAAAGGACGAGACGUUGAAUUAAGGGAUUUGAAAAACCACUCACUCUGAGACUUUUCCAGGCUGUUUCCGCUCUCCUUCGGUUCCCCGUUUGUACUUUUUCCAAGCUCCUGCUCCGUCGCCUUGAAGCUCAGCCAUGCAGGUGUCCAUCGCCUGCACGGACCACAACCUGAAACGGGGCAAUGGGGACCACAGCAAGCAGAGCGCCACCAGCCCCAACGUGGUGAACCAAGCCCGGGCCAAGUUCCGCACCGUGGCCAUCAUCGCGCGCAGCUUCGGCUCCUUCACACCGCGCCACAUCUCGCUCAAGGAGUCUACAGGGAAACACACGGGCAUGAAGUACAGGAAUCUGGGAAAGUCAGGACUCCGAGUAUCGUGCUUAGGACUGGGAACGUGGGUGACAUUUGGAGGACAGAUAACAGACGAGGUAGCAGAACAGCUGAUGACCAUUGCAUAUGAGAGUGGGGUCAACCUGUUCGACACAGCUGAGGUCUAUGCAGGCGGCAGGGCUGAAAUCAUUCUAGGAAACAUUAUCAAGAAGAAGUGCUGGAGACGCUCCAGUUUGGUCAUUACAACAAAACUCUACUGGGGAGGAAAAGCAGAAACAGAGAGAGGAUUGUCAAGGAAACACAUUAUUGAAGGGCUGAAAGGCUCCCUACAGAGGAUGCAGUUGGAGUAUGUGGAUGUAGUUUUUGCCAACCGCCCAGACAGCAAUACUCCCAUGGAGGAGAUUGUUCGGGCCAUGACGUAUGUGAUCAACCAAGGCAUGGCAAUGUACUGGGGGACGUCUCGGUGGACGGCCAUGGAGAUCAUGGAGGCGUAUUCAGUAGCGAGACAGUUUAAUCUGAUCCCUCCGGUCUGCGAGCAGGCAGAGUAUCAUCUGUUCCAGAGGGAGAAAGUUGAAGUGCAACUGCCCGAACUUUACCACAAGAUAGGAGUUGGGGCGAUGACGUGGUCACCGCUGGCGUGCGGCAUCAUCAGUGGAAAAUAUGAAAAUGGCAUUCCUGAGUCCUCCAGGGCCUCCAUGAAGUCGUAUCAGUGGCUAAAGGAGAAGAUAGUGAGUGAGGAUGGGAGGAAGCAGCAGGCCAAACUGAAGGAGCUCAACCACAUCGCAGAAAAGCUGGGCUGCACGCUGCCUCAAUUGGCUGUGGCGUGGUGUCUAAGAAAUGAAGGAGUGAGCUCAGUCCUACUGGGAACAUCCAACCCUGAACAGCUCACAGAGAACCUCGGGGCCAUACAGGUCCUUCCUAAGAUGACCUCUCAUGUGGUGUCUGACAUCGACCACAUCCUGGGCAACCGGCCGUACAGCAAGAAGGACUACCGCUCCUAGACUGGGCAAGAGGUCAGCUGUACCUGCCUGCUCCACCACACCGCUACCAUGAACCCACCGUCCAAUGUUCAAAAAGUCCACGGUUCUCUCCUUGGGCCCCUCAGCUCCAGGACCAGACAGCUUUGCUCAGCCCAGCGUUGCAUCUCUGUUUGAGAUUCCUUUGAUUCUUCAGAUCAGCUCCACCAGGUUCAUCUCAGGUCCAGUCCAGCUCCGCCGGCCGAGACGCGCUCAACAAACUCUGCUUUCUGCAGCUUCAAACACAGCUUCAUCCAUUUGUGUAAAUUAAAGCCCACAGGUUGCCCUGUUCUGCACGGGCCCAUUCAAGUAUUACUAUGCACACCUUCGUUUAGCCCGCGCUCGAGUUCCGAUCCUGUGCCACGCUCUGGUCAUUUAGAGCCACUCCGUCCAGAGGUCCGUAUGAAUUGAAUUGAAUUAAUUGAGGUGAUAUUUCAACUGAAAUCAGAUGCAAGGCAGCUCCUUGUUUUUAGAGAAACCAACUCAGAAAAGAAAAGAACUGCAGGUGUAUUUCAAAUUAAAGUGCCUUGUGUCAAGGACAUCUCGAUUGUAGUCGGUGAGUGAGGCGGCUUUGUUGCCUCUUCACUUUCCCACUCGCUCACAGUCUCACUGCUCGGCCAAUGACUAAGACCAUCAGGUCUCCAGCCUCAGAGUCUCUAACAUCCAGACUUCCACCCACAAGUCAAUUUCAUUUGAGCACAAAAUUCAUACUGAGCACAUCAUCUACUUCUGAGUAUAUUACUGUACCAUAGCUGAGAUUAAUGCAAGCGCCUUAGACGUGUAAACUAGAGGAACCUCAGGAAUGAAGAGGCUUCACUCGCGCCGUUUUCCUAUGAAAUGUGAAGUUUGGGGAUGAUGAAGAGUUUUAUGAAUGAGGCCUCAGCAAACUAGCUCCCUAUUGGCUUGAAUUAGCUGCUUUCAACUUCCUACCAAAUGUAAUCAGUUUAGUACAGAGUAGUAUUGAAUAGAUAUUAUUGGCUGCAAAUCCUGAGCGUAUUAACCGUCAGGUGCAUGUUCCCCCUUCUAUAACCUGCCUCUCUAUUCUUUACCCUUUUAUACAAAGCACAUUAUUAAACAACGAAAUUGGAGUUUGAUCAAGCUCGUCUUCUCUCCACAGCCCCUGUGAAGCAGAGGAUUGUGGGAUAUUGAGUGUUUAGGAUUUCGAACAGCAUUAAGGAGAAAGAGGGAAGCAUGUUGCCCCCAUGUGGUCUUUUUGAGGAACUGUUCCUCUGCUUUAUUAGAUCUUAGGAGGAGAGAGAGCAGACUACUUCUUUCUGGGUUUGCGUUCGUUAUGGACUCGUGCUCUUUUUUGCCUCUGAACCGAACCUGCAUCGCUGAUCACCUCAAUGAACUUUGCACAUACGGACUUCAGCAUAUGAUAAAUCUAUAUAAUAAUAGGCCGGCCAGUGGUCGUGGUUCUAAUAACUGCUUGUUAAUGGAACAAUGUGAUAUAUUGGCAAGGUGUUUGGGAUGUGGCAAAGAUUACAGUAUUUAUUCUAGAGUAGUUAACAAAUCUGAAAUUUAUUUUGACAUUUUGAGAUAUUGUCAUCCGUUUGAAGAUGUUACAUGUAUAUAAAAUCUUUAAGGCAUACCUUGUAACAUAAGCAAAACCAUGAGGAAGCCUCUGUUGCAUAUGAGGCCUUCACUGUAAUGUAUGGCUGAAAUAUAAAUAAGAUGUAAAUAGAGUUAUUUUGUUGCUCCUCUGCAGUGUCGCUGCAGUGUUUGAAUCUUCACACCAUCCUUAUCCUCCAGCCUGUUUUCUAUAGCUGUCUGUAAAGAAUGGUGAGUUCAGAUUCGAGAAUCUGCAACAAUAACAGCAUUAUGUGAAAGUAUGGACUUCUGUUAUGAAAAAUAAGGAAUGAGCUUCAGCUAUUGUCUAAUGACUUAACCUUGACUCUUUUUCAUCCGGAGAACAAGCCAUCGCAGCGAUCAGCAGAGACGUUGGCCGGCCUCCAGCUGCAUCUCUGUUUUGUCCUUGGUGCACAAUUGUUGAUUUGUAGCACAAACACCCUGCAGACUCUAAUCAGAGGAAACUUUGUGUUUUCUGCCAAAUACGCUGUCACACAUAUUGGAACAAACAUCAAUAAGCAUCAAUCGGCUCGUGGUUUAUUUAAAGCAAUGUCUGGCCUCGACCGAUGAACAGGCUUCCUUCUGAAUAUUUACUUUGGCUCGGUGCUGAAUACAAAUGAGGGAGGCCUGACCAGCACUCACUCAGCAUUAAUACAAUGCAAAAGAAGAGCCAUGCACACAAACAAACACAAAGGUAUUGUUUCACUUCAUUCAUUCAAUUCCACUUCAUUGAAUCUUAUCAAAAAUAUUUGAUUCAUCUGUGGAUUUUUCUUUUUAAGUCAAAGUCAGUUUCCUUUAUGGAUAAAAUGUGUGAUAACACACGUGGUAGUGGAACCAGUUUGUUCUUUGUGCAUGUGACCAUGUUGGAUCGUAGCCUGUCGGUGUGUGUGGAGACGUGUGAACCUGACAGAGUGCCUUGACGUGAGUUCCGCUACAGUAAAACAUUCAGGGAUGUCUUUAUUAUGAGUUGUUACAUGGUGACUGGAUGUUGUCCUACAAAAGAAACAUGAGAGCGGAGCACCUUUCCUACAGAUUCUGGUGUUAGAGUGCCCAGUCUAUCGUAUGUCAUCUAUCGUUAGGUUAUUUGUUUGUGUGGACCCUCUGGUGAUUUUUUUCUACAUUUUCCCAUUCGGCGGUUCACAACUACAAGUAUAUACUUCUUAGAAAUGUCAUCCUCAUCUAUGGAGUCACUGAUUACAGCUUCUCACAGUGUACGACACUGUCUUUGUUCUAUCUUAAGCUUUUUUUCGGCUGCUUCCCCAAAAUGAUCAGACUGGAACAACUAUUGACUUCCUGAAACAACAAACUAUAACAAACUCCAUAGAGAAACUAGCGAUACACAUGUCCCAUGUGUACCAACAAAGAUAGGGUGUUAUUUAAUUUGGCACUCAGUGGAGCGCAGACUUCCGACAAGGCCCAACAGUCCCCUUUAAUAAGUUUACACCAAUUUCACACACUCAUAGAUAUCAGCUCCCUAAAUAUGCCUGAUAUCUUUUAUCAAGAUCCAUGAAUUAUUCACUGGGAAAUCAAGGAAAAUGUCCAAAACAUGACCUCCUUGGCAGAGGUAAUAAAUACCGUGAUAUUAUGGACAAACUGGACAUAAAUCUGUCAGCGGCUGUGAUCUUUGACUUUUUAACCGUCUUCUCUAUUUGUUAUCAGCAUCAGUGGGAAACAGACCAAAGGCCAAAAUGCAGCAGAAGCAAUUGGCUGAGUCCAGAUAACAUUAAAACUACUGCAAUGUGUCACAUGAGCUUUGUCUUAAGUUUCCCUAAAAUCAAUUCAGAUGUAAGUGAAUAGUUCGUAUCAGUUCCACAGACCAAUCUUGUUACAAAUAGGCUGAGUUUUAGGAUGGCAAAGUGACAUGCAAACCAUCAGUGUAUUAUUCCCCCUGAACAGUGGUUUCUCUGUAAAUAUCCUAUAUGAAAGUGUGAUUAUAAAUAAAUGCAUUGC